GAUAUUUUUAUCGACAUAUUUGUUAGAAAAGGAGGAUAAUAUGCCGAACAAAAAUCUUAAAAUUAGUGAAAUUAAAGCAAAUAUAAAUCGUGUUGUAUCCAAUUUAGAACGACUUGAUCAGCUGAGCUGUGGAACAUCAUCAGAAAAUUUAGAUGAAGAACAGGCACAGGAACUGCAGCGGAGCACGACAAGUCUGCUAGACGAACUCGACCAAGUGCCGGCUCAAAAAGUAGCCCGCAUACAAAAGCAAAGGCGCCGGCGGCGCUUAGAUAAGCAAAAGAGAAAGGCAAUCAAGUGGCAAACAAACAAACAAGAGACUUUAGAGCAUAGACAUUCCACAGAACUUCCUCGGGAAACUCCGAAAGAGCAACACGCGGAUCACAUAUCCCUACGCAAGCAACAAGAUGCAGUCUCCAUUCUGGAAACCUUUGAUCUCUUGGAGAAACUUUGUGAAUCCCGUGGAGGAGACAAAGCUGCGCUAAGCCAGAAAUUAAACCAAAUGCGUCUUGUGUGGCGGAAAGUCCAAGAGGAAACCAAGGGUAACAGUGUAAAGGAGUCCAAAAUGGCUGCCUCUAUAGAGUCCCAGUGGGAUUCUGUUUUCUUUGGAAAAUAUUCCCCUUCAAUUAAGGAGAACAAAGAAAGAUUCCUACAGAUUCGCACCACAUGGGAUUCUUACAUAAGUUAUGGUGAAAGGGGUUCCUGCAUACCCCGAGGAUGGGUGUUACCUCCAGUAAACCCCUCAGCUGAGUGGGCAGCGUACAGGAAUGAAACUUAAUUCUUAUACAACUCAUAAGAAUCCUCUUGUACUAUUAAAGCAUUUUUUGUAGCUUCACCUUAAACCUUUACAGGCAAAGUUCCCAUUAGAAUAGGACCUAACUACCUUGACAAACUAAACACGAAACAUACAUAAACAAGAAUGUCUCUUUACUAA